UCGGGACUGCGCCUUCAGUUGCUUCUCGGUUAUUUUCCCGUCUCGAGUUUCACCGAGCAGCCAAAACAUUUCCUCCUUCUCCCGCCGUGGCUGAACUUUUCUCGGACUCUUUCGGGCUUGAAUAUCUUCGAAGUUAACGUGGGAAUUACCUGCGCGUGGCUGUCUGGAUGAUGGCUCUGCGGACUGUCCUCCCGGCUCUGCUCCUGCUCUCCGGUUUGGCCGCAGUGCUCGCGCAGACCGCCGCACCUGGGAUAGCAUGUGAGGCGAAAAAUGCGACAAACUGUGAAGAAUGUCUGUCAAAUGUGACGUGCUUGUGGUGUAUCGCAACAAAGUCCUGCGUAACAUACCCAGUGCGGACCAUCCUUCCACCUCAUGCCCUCUGCCCCCUGAAUGAUGCACGCUGGGGCCUCUGCUGGAUGAACUUCCAGACGCUGAUAAUCACCCUGGCCGUGCUCGGAGCGGUUCUCAUCAUCGCCUUCAUGGUGUGUCUGUUCUGCUGCUGCAAGUGUGAGAGCUUUGGAUCGCAAAGGUUUGAGGCCAAAAUGCAGAGACAGGAGCAGAAGACGAGAACCAAGCAGGAGGAAAGGAGGGCAGAGAUGAAGCAGAGACAUGAUGAAAUCAGGAAGAAAUAUGGUCUAAGUGGCCAAAAUCCGUACUCCAGAUUUGCGUGAGAGGAUCUGUGACCCGAGAUUUCCCACAUUCAAGACUCAAAAUCAGCAGAUGCACAUCCACAGACAACUGCUUGUUGUUAUAUAGGCUGUGAGUUUCUGUAUGUUAUGAAGAACUAGCUUUGUAGACUCAGCUUUGAUGUGUUAUUCAGCCAAUGAACAGGUCCAUUUCAGUAAUGUAAUCUUGGAGGCUGUAUCAGAAAGCCAGAAAAUAAAUUUAGCUUCGGUUAUCUAUAAUGCUGUUAUUUUCCAUCUUAAAUUGUUGACCUCAUCGAUCGACCUGUACUAUUUAUCAGCCUACGCCUCUAGUUUAUUUGAAUGGACUGGAACUAAGCCGGAUCUUUGAACAAAUCUCCUCUUGAAGAAAAUGUAUAUUGAAGCUGUGAAUUUUCAGUUUCUUUUGCUCUUCCGAGUUGCUGCUGAUUUUAGAGAUUUAUUUAGAGAUUACAACCUAUCUAAUGGUUUUUCGAUCGACUCAUUCUUCAUCUGUACUGCAGUUGUCGUUCUGGCUGGAUUUAUAAUAAUGAAAUAUUUAACAUGCAAAACGUAUCCAUGUGGUAAGGUCAUAGUGAAGUCUUCACUGAAUAAGAAAUCAAAAGUCGGGAGGAAUAUUUUGAUCUUUUAUUUAAUUCAGAUGUCUUCUGCUGUUUGUACAUAUUCUGUAAAGACAAUAAGGACAAAUAAAUUUUUUUAAAUGGA